UUGGGAAACUUUAAUGAGAAAUGGUAAUAAAAACAUAGAGUUAAUCAAGCCAAAGAUAGGCUUAUCUCUGGGAAAGUUUUGAAUGAAAUAAGCGCAUUGGUAUUUGUGUUGUGUAUGUAUGGAAGUGGGUUUGCCUGGAAAAGCUGCGUCAGUAGUGGAAAGUUCAACACCAUGUUUUCAUUGAUCCCGUAUUUCCCGACCUAGUGCAAAGCCCGAAAGCCAACAUGGCGGCCACCUGAAGAGUCCCGAAAAUAAAUAAAGUGCAACAACGGAUCGGAAUCAGCCGGAAACGGAAAAUCCGGUUUUUACUGUGUGCUAGGUGUAAACAGAGGGAGAGGUGUGUGCAGCUGUUACAUAUGGUCCAUAUUGGGGGAUUACUGAUUACGGACUCUCUGGAUGGUGAACGGCAUGGCAACAGGAGAGAGCAGCAUGGAUGAUGAAGUCUUCGAGGUCGAUGGUUGCAGGAACCUGGAGGUCGACGGCGGACACCAGAGGACGACGCCGUCUCCUACCGGUUACAGGGACUACAAACCUCCGGACGAAGUCCUCAGGUUGUGCGAGACCGACCAUUUAGAUGAUACAGAGUAUCUUGUUCAUAAGACAAUACUUCUCGGUGACUCCGGGGUCGGAAAAACAUCGCUCUUAGUAAAAUUCGAUACCGGCAGAUUUCAGUCCGGCAACUUCUCAGCCACAGUGGGCAUCGGAUUUACGAAUAAAGUCGUGAACGUGGAUCAGACUAGGGUAAAGCUGCAGAUUUGGGACACGGCUGGACAAGAGAGAUUCAGGAGCGUCACUCACGCGUAUUACAGGGACGCGCACGCGUUAUUACUGCUUUACGAUGUCACCAAUAAAACGAGCUUCGACAAUAUCAGGGCUUGGCUGGGCGAGAUUCGCGAGUACGCACAAGACGACGUCGUCAUCAUGCUUCUAGGUAAUAAGGCGGAUGCUGGAGUCGAGAGGGCGGUGAGGCGAGAAGAAGGCGAAAGAUUGGCCAGGGAAUAUAACGUGGCGUUCAUGGAAACAUCAGCGAAGAGUGGCCAAAACGUCGAUCUCGCUUUCCUCGCAAUAGCAAGAGAACUGAAGUACAGACAGAGCGGCCAAAAGGAUGAGAACCGCUUCAAUGUGCAGGAGUACAUCCACGAGAAGCUUACGCAACACGACAGCAAACCGCAGCAAUGUCCUCCGUGCAACACCUGAACAAUAAACUGAUUAUCUGCAGAACACCAAAUAAAAAUACACAUUUUUUCGAUGGAUCUACAUUACAAAAUGAUUUUCUUCGAAUUUGGGUCUGAAAUACUAAAUUGUUAUACAUAUAUACAUACAUUUUAGGGAACUUAUAUAUCUACAAAUAAAAAUAUAUUGAGGUAAAUAGUUGAUAAGCUAUUGGGGAUACACAGGCUGAUAUAAAGUGAUAUAUUUAAAGAAAACUUGAUAAAAAACAAUAUUUUUUUGCGACUUUUCUCGAAUAAUGUUACAAAGUUUUCUUUAAGUAUUUGACUUGUUCAAUCAUCCUUGGGAUACAGCACGCAUUAUCGACUGACUAAUAUAUUAUAGAAAUAGGAAUAAAAUUGAUUUGCUUUUUACAGAAAUUUCAAUAAUUAAGAACUA